AUGAUUGGGCCCGGCUUUGCCGGGCGCCCGGGCUGGGUGCUGCCGCAGGCCACGGCAGGCGGCGGCGCCUCCGUGGCCGAGGAGCACCGCCGCGCCGCGGAGUGGACGGCGCGCCUGGCCGCGGAGAACGCGCGCCGCGCAGGCGCCGCUCGGAAGGCUCGGGCGCUGCAUGCGGCCACCGAGGCGCCGCCCGAAGUGGCCAGCAAGGCUGACGCCGAGAAGGCGCCGGAGGUGAGGAAGCCGCCUCAGAAGAGCAGCGUCUACUUGCACGGCCCCGUGGGCACCGGCAAGACCAUGCUCAUGAACUUGUUCUACGAGGCCUCCCGCGAGGCAGGGUGCAGAACGUUGCGGCGGCACUUCUAUGAGUUCAUGAUGGGCUUGCAUCGGCAGAUCCACCAGAUCCAAGAGGAGCGGCCUGUGGAGGUGGCCGCGAAUGCGUUGGCGGACGACAUCGACGUGCUCUGCUUCGAUGAGUUCCAGGUAGCGGACAUCCAGGAUGCCGCGAUCCUGCCUCGCCUCUUCGAGGUGCUUUUCCUGCGGGGCGUCACGGUGGUGAUGACGACCAACACGGCGCCCCAGUUGCUCUAUACCGGCGGUCUCAACCGGCACGUGCACUUGCCAGCCUUUAUUCGCCUCUUGGCGGAGCAUUGCACGGUGCUGGGCCUUGGGGCCAAGUCGGUGGACUACCGCCGCAAAGCGGAAGCCGCUGAGCUCGCGAGCGGCGCCGCGCGGGAUGCCUUUCUGGUGGGCGACAAGGGCUUGGAGCAGUUUGCCGCACGCUGGCGGGAGAUGUUGGAAGAGGUGGGAUUGCCGGAGGCCGAAGUGGUGCUGAAGCUGCCCAUGGGUCGCCAGCUGUCGAUCCCCAAGGCGGCAGGCCCCGCUUGCAGCAUCAGCUUCCAGGAGCUCUGCGAGGGCCACCGCGGCGAGGCACGAGCGAGCUGA